GCCAACGCCAUCGCGCCCACGGACGCCGUGGUGGCCGAGUUCAAGCAGCUCAAGAUGCGGCGCAAGUACCGCUACGUGCUGUUCCGCAUCGAGGCCGACAAGGUGGUCGUCGACGCCACGGCGCCGCCCUCGGCCUCGUUCGCGGACUUCAACGCCGCGCUUCCCGACUCGGACUGCCGCUACGCCGUGUACGACCACGAGUUCCUGACGCCCGACGGGCGCAAGUCCAGCAAGCUCUUCUUCGUCACGUGGAUCCCGCAGAACUCGCACCCGGGCUUCAAGAUGGCCUACACGCAUGCCAAGAGCGCCGUCCAGAGCGUGUGCGACGGC